GCCCAGGCGCUUCCGCGACCACCCGGAGUGGUUGGCCGGCAGAGCGCGGUAGGUGUUGGUCCGGCUGGGCGUCAGACCUGGCCGGCUUUCUCCUCAGGCUGCGCCGCCAGGCCCGUGUCUCAGCGCAGGCCCCCGGGGCGCCGAGUUUGGGGGUGCUCGCCCCACGGAUCCCUUUCAUUCCUAGGAAGACGCGCCGCGGGGCCUCCCGUUUGUCUGUCCUGCACACACGUGUUGCCAAAUCCCCCCGCGGCGUCUUUAGAUCUGGACUGGCCGCCCCACCUUCUCCCUUCAUUGAUCUAUGUUUUGCUUUUUCUUUUCCUACCUUGUUUCCAUUGACAAAGUAGACCCUUUCCUUCAACACUAACCGUCUCCUGACACCGAGGGGAAACCAACAGCUUAGGGCCUUUCCAGCGCGUUUUUACCCUUGCCUUGCUCUAACCUCGCCUAAUUUUGCCCACUUUACCUGUUCUUUGUUUGAUUUCUAUCCAAUUGCAAUUUCUUCCCUCAACCAACGUUUAAGGGCCACCAUUAAGAGCUACAAUGCCUGAGUUUGAACCCUAGCUCUGCCACUUAACCACCUGCAUAAACUGGGCGAAGUAACUUUGUGCGCUUCAACUUCUUCCUCGUGUAAAAUGAUGGUAAAGGUACUGAAUCUGUUUAUCAAAUUGAGAAUCUGAUGGUAUGGCAUUAAUCACCUUGAGGAAGAACCUUUAUCGUUUAUCUGAUUUUCGGAUGCAUAGAGCUCUGGCUGCUUUAAAAAAUCAACCUCUAAAUCAUGUUCACAAGGUAGUCAAGGAGCGUCUGUGCCCUUGGUUGUGUUCACGACAACCUGAGCCUUUCAGGGUGAGAUUCCAUCAUGCCCAUUGUAAAAAGUUUCAUUCGAAAAAUGGAAAUGACCUUCAUCCACUCGGUGGGCCAGUGUUCUUUCAAGUAUCUGACUGCGACAGGCUUGAACAAAAUGUUAAAAAUGAGGAGAGUCAGAUGUUUUACAAGAGACUGAGCAACUUGACUUCAUCAGAAGAAGUGCUAAGUUUUAUAAGCACGAUGGAAACCCUGCCUGACACUAUGGCAGCAGGAGCUUUACAACGAAUUUGUGAAGUGGAAAAAAAGGAUGGUGACCAAGGGCUGCCAAAAGAAAUACUGGAGAAUAGCAUCUUUCAAGCUUUAUGCUUCCAGUUUGAAAAGGAGCCCUCACAGCUGUCAAACACUAGUUUGGUGACUGCUUUGCAAGCUCUGAUUCUGUUGCAUGUGGAUCCUCAAAGUAGCCUGUUACUGAACCUGGUGGCAGAAUGCCAAAAUCGUCUCAAAAAAGGUGGCAUGGAAGUUUGCAAUCUUUGUAUUCUUGGGGAAAGUCUGAUUAGACUGCACAGUUCAGGUUGUGUGACACUAGAACUCAUUAUAAAUCAACUGCAAGGUGAAAAAUUGGAAACAUUUACCCCAGAGGAUAUUGUGGCCCUUUAUAGAAUCUUGCAGGCAUGUACUGAAAAAGUGGAUGAACACCAAACAUUUUUAAAUAAGAUAAACAACUUUUCCCUUUCAGUAGUUUCCAACCUGAGUCCUAAAUUGAUUAGCCAGAUGCUCACUGCCCUGGUGGUUCUUGAUCAAAGUCAAGCAUUUCCUCUGAUUACAAAAUUGAGCAAAUAUGUCGUGAGGCAUGUCCCACAUUUCACUAACGAGGAGCUUAGGAGAGUCUUGGAGGCGUUCAUAUAUUUUGGGCACCAUGACACAUUUUUUACAAAAGCCCUAGGGCAUCGUGUAGCUGCGACGUGCCUCACGUUGGAUCCUGAAGUUGUCUGCAGAGUCAUGGAGUACUGCAGUAGAGAACUGAUUCUUUCAAAACCCAUCCUCAAUGCAGUGGCAGAAACUUUUGUUUGCCAAACAGAAAAAUUUUCACCUAGUCAGAUUUCUGCAUUAAUGGAACCAUUUGGGAAACUCAAUUAUUUGCCACCAAAUGCCUCUGCUUUAUUUAGAAAGCUGGAAAACGUGCUAUUCACUCAUUUCAAUUAUUUUCCACCCAAAACAUUAUUGAAACUUCUUCAUUCAUGUUCACUUAAUGAAUGCCAUCCAGUCAACUUUAUGGCAAAAAUAUUCAAUCCUUUUUUCCUUCAACGGCUGCAAGGUAAAAAAUCUCAUUUGGACAGAUUGAGUCGGGCACAACUGACCCAACUUUUCUUAGCCUCAGUCCUGGAAUGCCCUUUCUAUGAGGGUCCAAAACUCCUUUCUAAAUAUCAAGUGAAGUCAUUUCUUACCCCAUGCUUUUCCCUGGAGACCCCUGUGGAUUCUCAGCUUUAUAGAUAUGUGAAGAUCGGGCUGACUAACCUUUUAGGAGCAAGAUUAUAUUUUGCUCCAAAAGUGUUGACACCCUAUUGUUAUACAAUAGAUGUUGAAAUUAAAUUAGAUGAAGAAGGAUUUGUAUUGCCAUCCACAGUUAAUGAAGAUAUCCAUAAAAGGAUAGCACUAUGUAUUGAUGGUCCAAAAAGGUUUUGCUCCAAUAGCAAACACUUACUGGGAAAAGAAGCUAUUAAACAAAGACACCUACAGUUACUUGGUUAUCAAGUUGUUCAGAUCCCCUAUCAUGAGAUUGGGAUGCUAAAAUCAAGACGUGAAUUGGUGGAAUAUUUACAAAGAAAACUGUUUUCUCAAAACACUGUUCAUUAGUCACAAGAAUGAAUACUGACUUCAGAACUCAAAAAAAUGAAAGAACUUGCAUUUUUAUGGAACUCAGUAUUAAAAGAAAAAUAUAAUGUGAAUUAGUCACUUUGCAGAAUAUGUUCUAGACUGGUGAUCUGAAAGCAUCUAUAGUUUUCCUUAUACUAUGUAUACAUUUAUUGUGGUAAAAUUUAAAAUUAAUUUUAAUUUAAUGCUAGUGUCAUAGAUACUUUUUGUACAUCAAACAAUUGAUCAUGUGCAGUAAAGGAAUUCAAUGAAUAAAUGUUAUUUUUAAGUA